AUGCAAAAAGAGAAAGCGAGUCAAAUUGAAAAAAAUAAAGAUGAAUCGCACCUUAGUCAAAUCAAUGAAGAUGAAAGCAGUGAAAAAUCGAAAAUUCAUAUAAAUGAUGCUAAUUCGAGUGAAGGUAUCUUAGCUUAUAGAUUAACAGUUGAACAGGUUGCAAGUAAGUUUCAUGUCGAUGUUGCAAAAGGAUUAGAUAAUGCCCUGGCCAAGGCCAAUUUGGAUAAGUAUGGCAGAAAUAACUUAGGCAAAGAAGAAAAAAUUUCGCUUACGAAGAUUUUUGCCCACCAGGUAUUCAAUGCCAUGAUUUUGGUAUUGAUUAUCUCGAUGGUAAUAGCACUUGGUGUCAGGGAUUGGAUUUCUGGAGGUGUUAUAGGUUUUGUUGUGUUCAUCAACAUAUUUGUCGGUUUUAUCCAAGAAUAUAAGGCUGAGAAGACUAUGGGGUCUUUAAGAUCAUUAAGUACUCCAACUGCCAGAGUCCUUAGAAAUGGAAUAGAAAGUGAUAUUAAUGCUGAGGAGGUUGUUCCUGGGGACAUUGUUUGCAUCAAGGUGGGAGAUACUAUCCCAGCGGAUGUGCGUUUGAUAGAUUCGAUGAACCUCGAAACUGAUGAAGCUUUGCUUACUGGUGAAUCAUUGCCGGUGGCUAAGUGUGCUGAAGAUGUUUAUGUUGACACCUCGACUCCAGUGCCUGUCGGGGAUAGGUUAAAUAUGUGCUUUAGUUCAUCAGUGGUUUCAAAAGGUAGAGGUAGAGGUGUUGCUGUAUCUACUGCAUUAAAUACUGAGAUCGGGAAGAUCGCCAGUUCCUUGAGAUCAGAUGAAGAUGCUCUUAUUGUGAAAGUUGAUAAGUCAAAUCCUAGCUUGAAGGCUUAUGUAGUGGCUAUUGCAAAAUCUACUAAGAAUAUCAUUUUCAAUGUUUUGGGUACAAAUGUUGGUACUCCGUUACAAAGAAGGUUGGCUUGGUUGGCAAUUAUUUUAUUCUGGGUUGCAGUCUUGUUUGCAAUUGUUGUGAUGGCAUCCCAAGAAAUGAAUGUCAACAGGAGUGUUGCAAUAUAUGCCAUUUGUGUUGCCUUAUCUAUGAUCCCUUCGUCGUUGAUUGUUGUGUUAACAAUCACAAUGGCUAUUGGAGCUCAAGUUAUGGUGACCAAAAAUGUUAUUGUUAGGAAACUAGACUCUUUGGAAGCUUUAGGUGGUAUUAAUGACAUUUGUUCGGAUAAAACAGGUACAUUGACCAUGGGUAAAAUGAUCGCAAGAAAAGUUUGGAUUCCAUCCACAGGUACUUAUGCAGUUACUAAUUCGAACGAACCUUUCAAUCCAAAUGUCGGUGAUCUAUCAUUUACCAAUUGUUCGCCUAAAUUCAUUAAAGAAACCGACGAAGAAACUGAUUUUUCAUCGAAGUUGCCGGAGCCAACGCCCAAGCUAUUUGAUAAAUGGUUAGAAACUGCUACAUUGGCUAAUAUUGCUACAGUGGAGCAGGUCAAAGGUGAUAAUUGUAGUACUGAAUGGGAAGCCAAUGGUGACGCUACUGAAAUUGCUAUUAAUGUUUUUACCACUAGAUUGGGACUUUCAAGAAAGGACAUGGUCCAGGAUAAAUUAAAGCAUAUAGCUGAAUUUCCCUUUGACUCUUCGAUUAAGAGAAUGUCGGUGAUAUAUCAGACUAAUCAGAAUAAUUCUUUUAUUUAUACUAAAGGGGCUGUGGAAAGAAUCUUAGAUUGUUGCUCCUACUGGUACGGUACUGAUGGUAAGGAAGACAUCUUACCGUUAACCGAGAACGAUAAAUCAAUCAUCGAGCAAAAUAUGAAUGCUCUUUCGUCUGAAGGUCUUAGGGUUUUAGCAUUUGCCCAAAGAUCCAUUAACAUUGGGAAAGAAGACAUUUCCAGACGUGAUAUCGUUGAGUCCAAUCUUGUAUUUUUAGGAUUAAUUGGUAUUUAUGACCCCCCAAGACCAGAAAGUGCUCCAUCUGUGAAAUUAUGUCAUAAGGCUGGAAUCAAUGUUCACAUGUUGACUGGUGAUCAUCAUGGAACUGCUAAGGCAAUUGCUCAAGAAGUCGGUAUCUUACCCAGUAACUUGUUUCAUUAUACUGAAGAGGUCGUUAAAUCUAUGGUUAUGACAGCAAAUGAGUUUGAUGUCUUAAGUAACGAUGAGAUUGACAACUUACCAGUAUUACCUUUGGUGAUUGCAAGAUGUGCUCCUCAAACCAAGGUUCGAAUGAUUGAGGCUUUACAUCGUCGUGGUAAAUUUGUUGCAAUGACAGGAGAUGGGGUGAAUGAUUCACCAUCAUUGAAGAAAGCAGAUGUCGGUAUUGCUAUGGGGCUUAACGGUUCUGACGUUGCUAAGGAUGCCUCGGAUAUUGUUUUAACUGAUGACAAUUUUGCAUCAAUUUUAAAUGCUAUUGAAGAAGGGAGAAGAAUGUCAUCAAAUAUCCAAAAGUUUGUCUUGCAAUUGUUAGCAGAAAAUGUUGCUCAAGCUUUAUACUUGAUGAUUGGGUUGGCUUUUAUGGACGAAGAUGGAUUCUCCGUCUUUCCAUUAGCUCCAGUUGAAGUAUUAUGGAUUAUUGUAGUUACGUCAUGCUUCCCUGCCAUGGGUUUAGGGCAAGAAAAAGCAAAUGAUGAUAUUUUAGAACAACCACCAAAUGCAACAAUCUUCACUUGGGAAGUGAUUAUUGAUAUGAUUGCUUACGGUUUUUGGAUGGCAUGCUGCUGUCUAAUAUGUUUUGUUCUUAUUGUCUUUGCUGUUGGUGACGGUAAUCUUGGUUCUAAUUGUAAUGACUCUGGAGGUAACUCGUGUAAUUUGGUUUUCAGAGGUAGAUCUGGAGCAUUUGCUGCCUUCACAUGGUGUGCAUUAUUAUUAGCUUGGGAAUGCAUUCAUAUGAGAUACUCAUUUUUCAAUAUGCGCCCAGAGCUGGAUGUGCCUCGAGCAAAGCAAUUAGCUAUUGAUUUAUGGGAAAACCAGUUUUUAUUCUGGUCUAUUAUCGGUGGCUUUGUAUCAGUGUUUCCAGUAGUAUACAUUCCCGUAAUCAACGAUAUUGUCUUUUUGCAUAAUCCUAUUGGUUAUGAAUGGGGGCUUGCAGUUGGUUUCACACUUUUGUUUUUACUUGGAGCCGAAUUAUGGAAAUGGAUCAAAAGAAUAUACUUCCGUAAAUCCAUGAUCAAAAAUCCUGAAUACGAUUUAGAGAAGAAUGAUCCGUUUAUAAAAUAUUCGUCCUUCUCGAAGUCAAACACGAUGGAGAUUUCUUAA